UCUCAUUGGACUAACUGUCCCCCAUUUCGCGUUGCGCCUGGUUACUCCAAGUACGCCACUCUGCGCUCCCCCGCAUUGCUUCUGCCGAGGCGAUUAGCUUUACCACUGUAUCUGUAAAUUAGCACCUUGUCCCCCAGAUUAUAGCAUAUCGCUCUCCCGUCACCAUCUCGCUCGCCAAAGAUAGCGAAAAAUCUUCAGACUUCAGAAUGCCUUUCCACAAGGGUCUCCUGCCUCGUGAGGGCUUCUUCGGAGAUGUCAUUCUGCGCCUCAUCGAUCGCACACUCUUAAACCCUUCUCUUCUGCUCCCUCUGAUUCUCUUUGCCCGAUACACCAAGCGUGGGCAUAACCUGUCCGUGGUCCACGAAAAGGCAUAUGGCCGCAUCAAGAAGCUUUUCUACAUCAGCCUAGUCAAGUCCAUUAGCAAGUACAUCUCAGGCAGGGCUCGAGACAAUUGGACUUCGGAUCGCUAUGACUGGUCUCGCGAGAUUGUCCUGGUCACCGGCGGUGCCGGGGGCAUUGGUGGCGCAAUGGUCAAGUUUUUCGACGAGCUCGGCAUCAAAGUCGUGGUUAUUGAUGUUCAGCCUAUGAGCUUUAGAGCGUCUCAUCGCGUUCACCACUUCACCUGUGACAUUCGUUCGCCAGAGAAGGUGAACGCCGUCGCUGAUGAAAUCCGAGCCAAGGUUGGUCAUCCUACUGUUCUUAUCAAUAAUGCUGGCGUCGCCCGUGGAAAAUACAUCCUUGAUGCUGAGCCUGGUGAUGUUCGCUUCACGUUUGACGUCAAUACCCUUGCCCACUACUGGCUUGCAAAGGCAUUCCUCCCCAACAUGAUACGUACCAAUCAUGGCAUGGUGGUUACCGUUGCUUCAUUGGCCUCUUGGAUCACUGCUCCUAAAAUGGUUGACUACGCCGCCUCCAAAGCUGCUGCUCUCGCUUUCCAUGAGGGCCUUGCCUCGGAGCUUGCCACCGUAUACAACGCCACCAAGGUGCGCACUGUCGUGGUUCACCCCGCGCACACCAGAAGUGAUUUAUUCAAGGGAUUUGAUCAAAAAGACCCAUUCUUCUUCCCCACUCUCCAUACAGACUCAAUGGCCGAGGCUGUCGUCAGACAGGUUCUCACUGGCAGAAGCGGGCAAGUUGUACUUCCCACUGCAGGACGUCUUGUGCAGCUACUCCGUGUAGUCCCCGAUUUUGUCUCCAGCAAGGUCCGUAAUGACGGCGCGCAUUAUAUGAAAGAGUGGAAAGGUCGACAGGUCAUUACCGAUGUUGAUGCCGACUUUGAGGGAAAGGAAGCAAGUGAGAGCACUGUGCUUGUCGGUAAGGAGUAGAUAUCCUGGUUCGUUUACAUUAGCAGUGUGAGAUACGCAACUUGUCUUUUUUACUCUUUUUCGCUACCUCAUACAUGUAUCGCUUAAAAUCACGACUAAUACAAACGACAAGACAUGCGUCGCAUUGGCGCAGUCUACUUAUUGGUCAAAUUAAGCCUUGCAUUAACUACUCAAGUUACAGGGUAAUGAACAUUUACAUUUUUUGCUAUACUAGUGUAGCCGUGAUACGCGUCGUAUUUUUGCCUUCCCUCUUCGAAUUACUGGAGGGUGGGCAUGUGGACGGUAGCCUUCUUAGCGACAGCAUCGUUGGCAGACCAGAAAGAGGUAACAGUCUUAAGCUGGGUAUAGAAGUUGAUACCAGGCUUACCAUAGAAGGUGCUCGCACCACCACCAGCAAUACUCUUCUUGUUACCAGUGAAAGAGAACAUAGGCAGAGGAACGGGGAUAGGUACAUUGACACCAACCUGACCGGCCUCGAUGUGGCGACGGAAGGUCUCAGCGGUGGCUCCGGAUCUGGUGAAGAUGGCAACACCAUUUCCGUAUUCGUUCUUGUUGAUCAAUUCAAUAGCAUCGUCGAUGGUCUCAACAUUGAGGCAGACAAGCACGGGACCGAAGAUCUCCUCCUUGUAGCAGGUCAUAUCGGGUGUGACAUUGGAGAUGAUAGUGGGACCAAUGAAGUUGCCGUUAGGGUACUUGGCGGGCUUGAAGCCGCGGCCAUCCAGCAGGAUAGUGGCGCCUUCCUUCUCAGCACUGGCAAUGAGACUCUCGAUGCGCUCCUUGCUGUGAGGAGAAAUGACAGGGCCGAGGUCAGCGCCGGCCUCAAAGCCACCGUCGACCUUGAGAGCCUUGGCUGCCUCAGCAACUUCAGCAAGCCAUUCCUUUGUCUCGCCAACCAUGACAAGAGUGCUAAGAGCCAUGCAACGCUGACCAGCAGCACCAAAUGCGGCACCGACAACGCUGUUUACGAAAUGGUUCUUGUUGCAGUCGGGGAGCACAGCAGCAUGGUUCUUAGCACCCAAGUUCGCCUGGACACGCUUACCAUUUGCAGAGCCACGCGUAAAAAUGUAUUCGCCAGCCUUGUUGCCACCAACGAAGCUAAUAGCCUUGAUAGCAGGCUCAUCGAGGAUGAAGUCAACGGUUUUGUGGGCACCGUGGAUGAUGUUGACAACACCUUCGGGGAAACCAGCCUUAGCGCAAAGCUCAGCGAGAAUCAUGGCAGCUCCGGGAUCCCGCUCAGAAGGCUUCAAGAUAAGAGUGUUUCCGGUAAUGGUAGCCAUGGGAAUACACCAGAGGGGAAUCAUGGCAGGGAAGUCU